CAGCGCCUCUUCUUCACUUGUUGGCUUGGGGGUGGGUGGGGGGGGGGGCGGGCCUGAGUUACUUUACCUCCCUUGAGCGACCACUCUUCCCAAGUUCCCAUCCCAGUCCGUCAGUCAAGCGAGCGAAAUCGAAUGGCUCCCCUCUUCGCCGCGGCGUCCCACGCGUCCCUCCUCCCCCUCUCCUCCCUCGACCGCCCCGCCGCCGGCCACCUAGUCCGUGGCACCCUCAGGCCCCACACCUCGAGCCUCCGCCUGCGCCGCCCCCCGGGGGCAACCGGGCGCGGCCGCGGGCGUGGCCGAGGGGGCAUCCCAGACGAGUGGGGCGAGCGCUCGCCGCCGGACAACCCCGAGCCCCCCGCGCAGCCCGAUCCUCCCAUCGACGAAGACGAGUGGGGCCGCGACGACUCUGCCGAGGGCAACUCACGCCCUAUCGUCGUCGACGAGUGGGGCGAGCCCGGGGUGCCUGAGCCCGAGCCGCCCUCCGCCGCGGACCCGCCUAGCCCCUCCGCAGACGACGACUGGGGAAAGGAGCCGGAGGCGCCGGCGCCGGCCCCUGCUCCGGCGGCGGAGGAGGACGAGCAGGAGGUGAAGAGGGAGGAGCUCAAGCGGUGCCUGGUGGACACGGUGUACGGCUCCGACCUCGGCUUCCGGGCGUCCACGGAGGUCAGAGGUGAGGUCGUCGAGCUAGUCACCCAGCUCGAGGCGGUUAACCCUACUACUGCUCCCGUCGAGUCGCCGGAUCUCCUCGACGGCAACUGGAUCCUCAUAUAUACAGCAUAUUCUGAGCUUCUGCCUAUUCUAGCUGCUGGGGCAACACCUUUGGUCAAAGUAAAGCAGAUAUCCCAAGAAAUUGACUCCAAAAUCAUGACGAUAGUCAAUGCUUCGACCCUUACGACUCCAUUCGCUUCAUUUUCAUUCAGCGCAACCGCCUCUUUCGAGGUUCAAAGCCCAUCAAGGAUAGAGGUCCAAUUUAAGGAGGGGAGCUUUCAGCCUCCGACAAUAUCAUCAUCCGUGGAUCUACCUCAACAAGUUGAUAUAUUUGGGCAGAAGAUCAGCCUGGGGCCAGUCCAGCAGGCACUGAAUCCAUUGCAGCAAGCAUUUGCUAGCAUUGCUGGGUCCAUUUCUGGGCAGCCACCCCUCAAGGUACCAAUUCCCGGCAACAACAGAGCUCGAUCCUGGCUCUUGACUACCUACCUGGACAAAGACUUAAGGAUCUCGAGAGGCGAUGGAGGCUUGUUUAUUCUUGCCAAAGAGGGGAGCCCUUUGCUAGAUCAAUUGUAAAUCUGUAAUUGGUUGCUACCGGAAAGGAUAUCCAGAACUCCACAGCCUUUUUGACAGCUUCUACUCACCGAGGUGGCAGAAACACUCCAGAUCGCGGGAAAUGAAGACUGCAAGGGAGACUGUGCUGCUAACAAUGCCGCGUUUACAGUUUAUGUUGCAACAAAAACUUUAAACCAAUGUAGCUCCAAAAUUGCAGACUUUUCAGUUUAUGUUGCAUGAAAGAGUUAGCCAAAGUGGCUCCAAAACA